GAAGGAAGAGGGAGAGCGGACAGAGAGGAGGAGGGGAGAGGAAGAGCGGACAGAGAGGAGGAAGGAAGAGGAGGAGAUGAAAGGAGAGGAAUCACAAAUCCAGAACCUUCUCCAGCUUCCAGUGAGACACAAGAUCCCUCUGCAGCACAUCCCCAGGAGAGAAGCCACCAUCUGUAAUGUGGACUCCAUGCUCCUGUUCCCGUCAACUUCCUCUGAGAACUACGUCACCUUCUCCCGGAGCUUCCCUGCUCUUCCAGAACUCUCCGUGUGCCUGUGGCUCCGCGUCGACGUCGGGUACGUAGGAACGCUCCUCUCUUACGCCACGGAAGACAACGACAACAAACUAGUCCUGUACGGACGCAACUCCUCCUCCUCCUCUUCCUCCACCCCCAGCCGAGCAACCCUGGACUUCGUGGUGGGAGACCCUGCGUACCGUGAGCUCCCUGUGGACUCUGUGCUGGAUGGGUGCUGGCACCACCUCUGUGUCCUCUGGUCCUCGAUCCAGGGACGAUUCUGGCACUACACCGACCGGCGCCUGACCUCCGCAGGGUCACGGUUCAGGAAGGGUUACGAGGUGCCGGGAGGGGGGAUAGUGGUGCUGGGAGCAGAGCAGGACAGCCAGGGGGGAGGGUUUGAUCCCACCGAGGGGUUUGUGGGGCGCCUGGCGGGGUUCACCGUGUGGGACAGGGUGUUGAGUCCUGGGGAGGUGACAGGGGUGGCUAUGGGGAGGGGGGUACCCCGGGGGGUGGUGCUCGAGUUGGGGGACGUUGACGGAGUUCAUGGAGAGGUGCAGCAGGUAGCCUGCGAGUGCCUGGAACACUGUAGCUGAGACGUCUGAUUCCAAACCGACCCUCAUCCCUCAUCCCUCAUCCCUCGUCCAUCCCUCAUCCCCUGUCCCUCGUCCCUCAUCCCUCAUCCCUCGUCCCUCAUCCCUCGUCCCUAUAGGAACUCCUAGAUCUACGGUGUGGUCCUUUAGGGCAGAGUGGAAUGGUUUUUACUCCUCUGUACUUGAUUAAUCAAUUAAGGUAAUUGAUUUCCCCUCACCUGGUUGUCCAGGUCUUAAUUGUGCGUCAAUUAAAAAUAAAUGAUAACAAAUAACAGCAACCAGCCUGGGGGGUUGACUUGGGAUUCAGCUGUCUAAAUGUUUUAAUAUUAAUCAAUUAACUUCCAGGGAGAAUGAAGACCGGCAGAACUGCCCUUCGGACUUAAUGUGGACCUGUAUUGAAAGAGGAACCCUUCUCUAACCUUAAACAGUGCCACUGACACACUGUAAAAUGAGCAUGUGGAUGAAAGCCAUUAAUUAUUACUUAAAGCAAUGUGGUUAUAUGGCUAAACAAAGACUAUUUCAUGUCAUAUAUAUUGUUACCCAGCAACAGACAGAGAGAGAGACAGACUAUUUCAUGUCAUAUAUAUUGUUACCCAGCAACAGACAGAGAGAGAGACAGACUAUUUCAUGUCAUAUAUAUUGUUACCCAGCAACAGACAGAGAGAGAGACAGACUUACAGACAGACAGAUACAGACUUAGACAGAGAGACAGACAGAUACAGACUUAGACAGAGAGAGAGACAGACAGAGACAGACAGACAGAGACAGAGAGAGGCAGACAGACAGAGACAGACAGACAGAGAGAGGCAGAUUGCUCUGUUAUAAAAUCAACAGACUAGCGGCUAGUUGACCAACUGAUAUCUGAUGUCGGUUAUUAUCAUGCUAAUAAAUCAAGAUUAUGUCAGUUGGAGCUGCUCUCCACUCUACUGGAUAUAUAACAGUCAUCAUUCAUGAGACAAAUGAUCCUUUAUCUAUAAACAUUGAUUCACUCA